AGACAUUGGGGGGAGGGAGGGAGUUCAUUCCAGCAUCUUCUAAUCUCACUUAAAUGGUUUAUUGCCAUUAAUCAUAUCAUUUAUAACGUCAUUUAGAUCUAAGGAAAAAUGCCACCAUCUUUAGCCGAGGUCCAGGACGCUGCGAGAGAUGUAAUUCGAAUCAUGAAAACUGUUCCCAGUCUAUCAAGGGCCCAAAUUGCCGUAAUUGGCGGAAUGGCUGUAUGGAACUAUAUACCCAAGGGACGCUCUACCGAGCAUAUUGAUUUCUACAUAAGCUUAGAUGGACCAAAGAGUGUUAAACCGAUACUAUUAGCACUAGACAACAGUCCAUUCGUCGAAAAAGCCCAGUGGUUCUAUUAUGUAAAUUCUGAUAACACCUGGAUUCAAAUAGACUUCGUUGGGAGUUUCCAGGCUCCCCACGCCCCAAAGGAUUCCAUGAUAAUUAAAGACAUCCCUGAUGGAAAUAUUCCUUACCUCAAAAGGAUCGAUCUCAUAGUUUAUAAGAUAUACUCAUGCGGUCUCCGUAGUGACACCGCGAAAAGUCAAAUCGAUGCCAUGGAUGCGGAAACUCUCUUGAAAAAGGAGGUCGAGUCUAAUGGACGCGUCGUACUUCAAGGUACUCAACUAUCGCAUGUCCACAACAGCCUACCCGCUAUUCUUCAAUACAGUAACAACGACAAGAAGUGGUGGAUGAUAAACCUCGGUCUUGUGGAAUCUGUUGAAAGUACUUAAGAAUAUGCUGGCCAAACCUCUGGUACCUAGUAGCUCAUCUUUUGGAUUUGGUGGAUUUGGUGGAAGCUGAUAUUAUUAGGUUACUGAUAUGAUUAUUUCACAUAUUCUUAAUCUAAUGAUACAUU